UUGAGAGUGAAAGCGUGUGUCACACGCCAGAUGCGUGAGAGUUGGCAACCCUGUUUUAGGAGAUUUCUUUUUGAUGACUUCAAGUUGUUAUUUUCAAGACUUUUUAAUUGAGAUUCUGAGGAUUACGAGCAGACCCUGAAUGCAGCAAAUGUACGUUUAGGGAGACAGAAAUCAGACGAACAGGAGCAGUUUGGAUAUCUGCAUCGGAUACCAUCUGCUACCCGCAAAGAAGCUCUAAAAAAGUUCACCUCCUUAUUUCCUCUUCUUCAACUUUACCGUUAUUAAUGCUGACAAUGGUCAGGACGAUACAGGGACAGACGUGACUAUACAAAAAUGGUCAUGAGCGCAGAGGAUGCAGGACAUGAGUGAGAGUGGUCCCUGCCUGUGGACGCGGCUCCCCCACAGCAGCCGGACCCCCUGUGACCGCUACAAGCACGCAUGCUGCAGCUCUGGUGGACAUGUCUACAUCCUGGGAGGACGAGACAACAGCAGUCUGAGGGACUUCUGGAGGUACAGCGUGGUUUGUGACGAGUGGACAGAGUUAAACUGCACCAGUGACGCUGCACCAGAAGAACUAGAGGAACAUUCUAUGGUGGCUCAUGAGGGCUUCCUGUACGUGUUUGGAGGACUGCUGGAUUCUGCAUACACCAAGUGGAGAUGUCCCCUCUGGGUGUUUGACAUUGCUCAGCAGAAGUGGGUGCACUGGCAGAGCAAGAAGCGCUCCCCUCAGCCCACCAACAGGAAGGGCCACAGUGCCGUGGUGCUGGGCUCCUCCAUGCUGCUGUACGGAGGACUCAUCGACAUGAAGGGGUCCUCACAGGACUUCUGGAGUCUGGAUUUUGACUCCAUGGCCUGGUCCCUGCUGAGCGGCUCCCAGCAGGCCUCACUGGGCCCCGGCCCCCGACACAGUCACUCAGCCGUGGCCCACCAAGGCUGCUUGUACCUGUUCGGGGGCCUGAAGGGCCUGCGGGAGCAGAGAGACUUCUGGAAGUGGGACUCCUGCAGCCACAUGUGGAGUCCCCUCAGAAACAAGUCCGGCCCCUCCAGACUGAGGGGCCACUCCGCGGUGGCCUACAGGGACAGCAUGCUUCUGUUCGGGGGGGGCGAGAGCCAGAACUCUCCACAGAACUGCCUCUGGAGGUACCACUUCAGCAGCCAGUCCUGGGGGCAGGUAGCCACGCUCCCAGGCUCCAACCCCCCCCACAAGAUUCACCACUGCUGCACCGGGCUGGGGGCCAGCUACAGGUCUGACAGCAGCAGCCCUCCCCCCAGCUCAGAGCUCCAGCCCGGGCUGCUGGACGGGAAAUUGAGGCCCUUCAAGAAUAAGUGCUUCCCUGCACAGCUCACCUUCCUGGGGUCGGAGGGGGCCAUCGAGCUGGAGACCUUCAGCUGCUACAGGGGCAAGACACAAUGCUCUAAACAGGACUACAUCAGAGAGAGCUUCACGGUCACUGAGCCCCCGCUCAUCCAAAACUGUCUGACCUUUGAGAACAAGGCUGUGAGGAAACAGUGGAGCCGCACCGAGGAGGAGGAGGAGGAGGAGGAGGGGGAGGAGGAGGAGGAGGAGAAAGAGGAAGAUGUAGCUCAGCAUCUGCCUGACUUGCUGCUGGUGCUGGGGGGGAGACCCUGCUCCAGGACCAGUCCUAUCUCCGUAUGGCAUAUGACUCUCACUGACUCGUAACUAACAUACAAACUAGUGUGUACAAACAUGUCGGCUGUACGAUCAACAACACCAGUGUUAUAUCACCAGGCGUCAGCUUACAUGCUGUGAAUAAGGAAAUAUAUAUUUUCAUAAUAUUACUGUUGUGAGUUUCAAUGUUUUGCGACUUUCCUUUAUGCAGUAAUCAAAUUAAAUAUAGAAACAUUUUAAGAAAAGCGUCACAUUAUUUCAGUUGUUGAACAAAGAUCAUUAGUACGAUAGUGAAGAAACACAGCACACACAGUAUUAGUGUUAUCUUUCAUUACCUGUCCUGCUUGUACUAAAAAUAUGAAACAUAUUUGAUCCCCACAGGCUGUGUUAGACAUAUUGCACAAUUCAUUUAUUAGAAACUGCAAACAUGGAGCUGAUAAUAAUGCAAUAAGACCUGAAUUACACACGAUGGCGCCAGAGCUCAAUUUAUAGAUCUCCAAAGAAUGUAUUGAUUUAAAUGUACCUUUUAAGUUGCAAACAUUAUUUAAAGAAUAGAGUGAUUACAUAAAAAUGCAACAACUUCAUAUUGUGUGUAUUUUUGCACUAAAUCCAAGGGAACAAUUUGGAGUUGUGGUUAUUUAUAUGUUGAUAUUCUAUGAUUUUACUGGUCUGGCCCAUGAGAUCCAAUGUGGCGUUAUGUGGCCCCUGAACUGAAAUGAGUUGGACUCCCCUGGAUUAUAGGUAACAUAUCACUGAAUUUUGAUAUCAAAUUUCCACAAUUUGUUCAAAAAAACCAAAUGAAAUCAAAUGAACAGUGCUUUCAAAUCACUACACUCAUUGCUAUUACAUUGCACUCCUGUCCAGCUAUACAUUUCAGAAACCUUUUCUUAACAAACAUUCAUUUUACACGGAAAAUCGUGGAAUGAUUUUCUGCUUUCACCAAAUCUGAGUUUGACCAUCAGGCCUGCAAACAUUCUAUCAAGUGUCCACCUUUAAACUCAAAAAGCUUAACUUAUUUCUAAACUGAUACAGCUUUGUGUGGUUUUACAGGGAUACAUUCACAUUUCAAACGCUAAAAUUAAGUAAACAUUUUUGUUGUUGUACAUGGUGUGUAGUUGCCAGGUGCUGCAGGUUCAACUCAAAGAGUCAAGUCAACUUGUGUCAAGUCGAUGUGAAGUGAAACAUCUGAAUGGUCUCUAUCCCUUUACAGGCUCAACGAGCUGUUUCCAUGGCAUCUACCUACAUACAUUACGUUCGUGCGUGCAAGUUAGUGAGAGACUCUUAAAAAAUCGUAUGUUUGCCAAAUAUUAUUUCAUUUCAUAUUAUUUUCAGUUAUUGUCUCCUCCUUUCAUUCAGCAGCCUGAGUCUGGAGGUUCUUUCACUAGGACAUCUGGCUUAUUUUCUUUUUUGUUGUGCUUCUUUGGCUUUGUUUAAUUGUGCAAAUAAACAAAAUCAUAAACAGUC